AGCGCUAUCAAAAUGUCGACAGGAAGCUGAUCAUGAUACUGUGAUACAGGGCACGGGGAAUUGGUGAUAGUUUUUACUGAAGAUUGCUUCCCCUUUGGUCGUGCAGUAGUAGUUUUUACACAUUAGUUUUAUGAGCAGAUUAAAAAGUGUUACAGCGAAAAAAAAAAAACAGGGAGUCCUUCUCUUGCGUAAGCGCGUGACAUUGUCCGAGUCCGUGCCAUGUUACGAAAUGUUACAAUGGAAAUCUUCUGAAACCCGGCAAGAAUGCUCCCAACGGUGGACGGACCCACAAUCGUCUAUAUAAUCUUGAGACGGGGGAAUUGUGCUGCCCGGCCAAAAAAAGCCAAUCCCGAAAACCCCUCACCGAUAAGGAACUGUCGUCCAGUGAUGCACGAGGCUCUCAUUAUCACGGUACGCUCGUGGUCUGUGAUGAGCAACUGCACGACAGUUGCGUGAGCCGUCUGCUGCCGGACGGAGGUAGAACAAUCAAGUGAGGGUUUUGUGUGGAGUACAGACCGCCGUACAGAGUGUAGUGAGCUAAACAGAUCCAAUGGCCAAAGGACGCACUUGUGGAUGGCUAUGGAGCCCACGGUUUCAUGGCGUGCUGGUGGGAUUGCUGGUGCUGGUUAAUGCCAUCUCCUCCAUCAUGGCUUCCGCGUACCUGCAGAUAAAGUUUGAGGACUUCCAGAAAGUUCCGGAUCAGUUGUCCUUAUACUACCGAUACGCUACGAUAGACAUGAUCUUUGUGGCGAUCGUACUGCUGGUGGUUAUUGCGUACUUCAUCGGAAUUAUUAAAGUUAAUGAGUACUACAUCAUCCCGUUCGGCAUACUGCUGCUGUUGGACUUUAUGGGCUACAUUGCGACGGAAAUGGCGACCACGCUAAACAGUGACAAGCCGGAAAUGUUUCAGGGUAGAACAGUGGGCACAGUGUUCGAAAUCGUUAUUUUCGGCUACAUGUUUCUGACGGUGUUCUGCCUUUUCCGCGAUCUGCAGCUUAGUCGACGCAUGCAGGAGGAACGUUUGCGUGGAUAUCGAAGCUUGAGCAGUAGCACCGAGCACAUCGAAAUGUGAUUUGCGCCGUCCACCGAUCGUGCAUGAAUCAGUAUCGUGAGUUAUAUUUAUGCUGCCAUCGUUAAGGGUAUUUGUUAAGCUUAAAGUGUUGCGCCAGCUGACGGCGACUUGUCGUAACCGUUCAAACGUAACGCUUCGAUGGAAUAUUCGUCGAACGAAUGGAGAUAGGGGUAGAAAUGUUCAGAAUAAUUAGAUUGCACCGAACACAGGCAAAUUGUAUUAAUCGUUAAGAGAAAUUGUAUUACUAAAACUGAAUCCCCACAUUAAAGUUCCCCACCUAUACCUAUAAUACGAAUAGAAAGUUGAAGCUGGUCUCGUUCGCGCUCUGCUACGAUCCCGAGCGACGACCAGUUUAAAAGCAAUUUUGUCGAACAAAUGAAGUUAAGGAAUAAAAGGAACGCUAUGCGUGAACUAGUUUUAAUAAA